AUUAAAAAAUGAGCUAGGAAAGGGGAGAGAGAAGAGAAGAAGCUACUGGCUGCUGCUCCUACUGGAGUCGAUCUCUGACGGAUCGCGUUGUGGUCUCUGGUUCAAUUGAUGUGCGGUGGAUUGGAGCUCAGAUUGGUGUAUUUUCCCUUCUUAAAUCGUGAUAAAUUUGAGUUCCUCGCGAAAUUUGAACGGGAUAGGGUUCUUCCUAUGGAUCUCGAGUAGAGCCGGUGCUAGUGGAGGGAUGUCGAGACCAGAGUGGAGGAUCGUGAUCUCUUGGUUUUUAUGGCUUUUGCUGGUAUUCCGCCCCGUGGUUCUUGUUUGCUCCAACAUGGAAGGUGAUGCACUGCAUAGUUUAAGGACCAAUCUUGUUGAUCCAAACAAUGUCUUGCAAAGUUGGGAUCCAACUCUUGUCAACCCAUGUACAUGGUUCCAUGUUACAUGCAGCAAUGAAAAUAGUGUCAUAAGAGUUGAUCUAGGCAAUGCAGCAUUAUCUGGCCAAUUAGUCCCUGAACUUGGUCAGUUAAGAAAUCUUCAGUACUUGGAAAUCUACAGUAAUAACAUUAGUGGAACAAUACCAGUUGAACUGGGGAAUCUAAGAAACCUUGUGAGCUUAGACUUAUAUCUGAAUGAUCUCACUGGUGGAAUACCUGAUACAUUGGGGAAUCUUGUGCGGCUCCGUUUUCUCCGGCUCAAUAACAAUAGCUUGUCAGGUCAAAUUCCAGAAUCUUUGACACGGAUCAAUUCACUCCAAGUUCUGGAUCUAUCAAACAACAAUCUAUCUGGAGAAGUUCCAUCAACUGGUUCCUUUUCACUAUUCACUCCAAUAAGUUUUGCCAACAAUCCUCAAUUAUGUGGACCUGGCACCUCGAGACCGUGUCAGGGCUCUCCUCCAUUUUCUCCACCUCCUCCGUACAAUCCUCCUACACCGAUAAGUUCACAAGGGAACGGUGUGUCCAUCACUGGAGCAAUUGCUGGGGGAGUAGCUGCUGGUGCUGCUUUGCUGUUUGCUGCACCUGCGAUUGGAUUUGCAUGGUGGCGACGCCGCAAACCGCAGGAACAUUUCUUUGAUGUACCUGCUGAAGAAGAUCCAGAAGUUCAUCUUGGCCAGCUUAAACGAUUUUCAUUGCGUGAACUUCAAGUUGCGACUGAUGGAUUCAGCAACAAAAAUAUUCUUGGUAGAGGUGGGUUUGGGAAGGUCUACAAGGGACGGCUUGCAGAUGGCUCAUUAGUAGCAGUAAAAAGGUUAAAAGAAGAGCGCACACCAGGCGGUGAGCUUCAAUUUCAGACAGAAGUUGAGAUGAUCAGCAUGGCAGUUCACAGAAAUUUGCUUCGCCUUCGCGGUUUUUGCAUGACACCGACUGAACGUUUGCUUGUCUAUCCAUUCAUGGCUAACGGAAGUGUGGCAUCUUGCUUGAGAGAGCGACCUCCAUCUCAACCUCCACUUGAUUGGCUUACGCGAAGGCGAAUUGCAGUGGGAGCAGCAAGGGGCUUGUCAUACCUGCACGAUCAUUGCGACCCGAAGAUCAUUCAUCGGGACGUCAAAGCAGCUAAUAUACUAUUAGAUGAAGAAUUUGAGGCCAUUGUGGGUGAUUUUGGUUUGGCUAAACUCAUGGACUAUAAGGAUACGCAUGUUACAACCGCUGUUCGUGGAACAAUUGGUCACAUUGCUCCAGAGUACUUAUCUACAGGAAAGUCUUCAGAGAAAACUGAUGUCUUUGGGUACGGAAUCAUGCUUCUGGAGCUUAUUACUGGACAAAGGGCUUUUGAUCUUGCUCGGCUCGCAAAUGAUGAGGAUGUCAUGUUGCUCGACUGGGUGAAAGGACUUCUGAAUGAGAAAAAGCUUGAAAUGUUAGUAGAUCCAGACUUGCUCAGCAACUAUAUAGAGGCAGAGGUGGAAUCACUUAUCCAAGUUGCCUUGCUCUGCACACAGAGUUCCCCGACUGAUCGUCCCAAGAUGUCAGAGGUCGUGAGAAUGCUUGAAGGUGAUGGUCUUGCAGAGCGAUGGGAGGAGUGGCAGAAAGUGGAAGUGGUGCGCCAUGAGUUUGAGAUCGCACCACACCGCAACUCCGAAUGGGUAAUCGAUUCCACAGACAAUCUUCGUGCAGUGGAAUUAUCAGGGCCAAGGUGAUUACAAUUACAUCACUUCAUCCCCAACCCUGUCCACCCCAGGUGCCCAUUCUGUUUCCAGUUAGAUUUGUUCUGUUCAUGUAUCCACUGGCAACUGAGUGUUUUUAUCCUCCUGUUCUUUCUGUUCAGUUUUCCUUUCUUUAAAUUCAAAUUUUAGUCUAAUUGUGCAGGAGAUGAUCACCUUCUCUAUGACUAGCAAUAUUUCACUCGAUUAAGGUGAUUUGUCAGAUAUAGUCAAGAAUAGUGCUAGCGUAUUGUGUACAUUGUGUUUUUCUGCAUCCAUUAUUUUAACCACCAAUUCCAUAUACAAGGAAUAUUAAUCAUUGUUUGUAUUCAGAUUUUAUCAAGAUUUAUGAGAUCUAUAGUUAUAUUGAUAGAUUUUA